AUGGCCUAUUUUGAACACGUAUUGCGGCCGCACUUGACUGAGAAGGAGGCAGAUGCGUUUAUAAAUGCUAAAGAAGUCGGACCGAUUCUGAAAUCCACUGCAUGUCAUUACAAGAUCCCGGUCGUUUAUCCCGAUAUUUUAACUUUGGCCUGUAAGACCGAUCUAAGCUCAAUCACACACGACCACUUUACGCAAAGGUCGAUAUGUGUGUCGCAUUCGUUGGAGAAGAUUGUUAGUACCGCUGACGCGGUUGCUGUUACUUAUGAUUACAGGAUUCUCAAGAAGGCUCCAAUUCCUGAUCAUAUCAGGAAACUCAUUGUGGAUAUCGAAACCAAGUAUGGCAACUGA